AGAUCGGCUGGCAACCUUUGGGCCAAAACAGUGUUUCCACACAAAUGUGCUGCCAAGUUUUUAGGGGGAACAUGUUAUGAAAACAGCGACCGCAGCACUCGAAAAAUGUUGAGAAAAACUUUUAAUAAUUUGCCUCGUUUUGGUCAGCUGUGCGCUCUGCAAGGCCGCCUUCAAAGCACACAAGUUGCAGCCGCUCCCACAAUUGCCGCUAAGGAUAAUGAACCGGAGGACAUUGCAGUUAUCGAGGAGCGCAUCUUAAAGCAUGCGGACUACUUUCAAGUGCACAAUCUGUUCACAGUGCGGGAUCUGUUUAAUGCACGCGUGCACUAUGGCCACAAGGAGGGCUCCCUUGACGACCGCAUGCGGCCGUAUCUUUAUGGCAGUCGCCUAGGUCACUUGAUCUUCGACCUGGAUAAGACAGCAGCCCAUUUGCGUGAUGCCCUCAACUUUGCGGCACACAUUGCCUUCCGGGACGGCAUAAUUUUGUUCUUUAAUCGCAACGCCCUCAAUUCGCAGCUCGUGGAGCAAAAGGCCAUCGAAGCGGGCGAAUUCUCCCACACUCGCUUCUGGCGUGGUGGCAUCUUCACCAAUGCAAAUGUGCAAUUCGAUGCUGUGACCCGUUUGCCAGAUUUGUGCAUUUUCCUCAACACACAAAACAAUGUGCUCUCGCAACACACGGCGGUACGAGAUGCCGCUAAAAUGGCCAUACCCACAAUUGGAGUCGUUGACAGCAAUUGCAAUCCCAAUCUAAUUACGUAUCCUGUGCCGGGCAAUGAUGACUCGCCAGCCGCCGUCGAACUCUAUUGCAAUCUAUUCAAAGAAGCCAUUUGGCGUGGUAAGCGAAAACGCCGCCAGCUUCUUGGCCUGCCGCCUUUGGAGGAACAACAGUUUAAGGGCGGUCGUAGUCGUUCAACUAGAGCCAACUAAAACUAAGAUAUAUUAUUUGAAAAUAAAAGCGCAUUAAUGCCCCCAGGAAA